UUGUCCUACCGGGCGUAAUAGACUUGUAUUGUAUUGUAUUGUAUUUCCGCCUAAUUAUAUUCAGUUAUCUCCUCUUGAUCUCCUUUCGUACCACUUUGCGAUUAAGCAAUAACGUUUUAAAUAAGGAUGGCUGAUGAUAAUAUCUUUUCCCGCCUCCAGCUCUUAAUGGAUCCUCAGGCCAAGCUCCUUAUCUGCGUUCAGGAGCAAUGUGGCUUUGCUCUUCCCUCCAAGCCUUCCCAAGUGAACGAGCAUCUUAGGAAAAGGUAUAACAUAUCGAUCGACGACCGGCGUAAAGUUGUUCAACUUUUGAACAACCGGGAGCUUCCACUGCUGGGUCCUGCCAACGCGCUGUUACGCCAAAACGAGUCCCUACAUGGUCCUAACCUGCCAUUAUUCGACGGGCUCACCUGCAAGUACUGCGACCUUCUGUCAGACAUUACGUGCAUUCGGUUCAUUGAUGUGAAUUGGUGUCUUCAUGUUGUGUUCUGUUGAAACCUGCCCCCUUAGAGGUUUUACCAUUUCGGCUGUAAUCUUAAAGUAUCCCUGCUUGCACGUGAGGCCCCAGCACCUGUUUAACACCUUCUCACAAUCAGCAGCCAGGUUAUUGCUCGCCAUGCCAGUGAUAGAGGUUGGUAACAUCGUAGAGAACAGCUGAAGCACCGAUAACUGCAGGGGCCGCACCAGCACCAACGCAGCUAUAAUUCUGAAUACCAAACCCAAGGGCAAGUUUUCAGAGAACGACACGGAAGUGAUACCGGAAUUAAAACAGAAUGUUCGUAGCUCGUUGAGACCAGUACCAUAUUUUUUACUACUUUGCGGCGUGAGUUAUGAAAGUUUGAAAUAAUCAUCUGAUUGACAUAAGGAAGUCUUGGCUCAGAACAAAAUCGAAAGCGGAAUGGCGCAGUCCCGCUUAAA